UGGCGUGUUUGUAAAAAAAAAAAAAAAAAAAAGAAAAGAAAAAAAAAAGCUUCAAGUCCAUCUUAAAAGCAAACCAAAAAAAAAAAAAAAAAAAAAAAAAAAAAACCCAAACAUUUCGGAUGCUGCAUGCCUCAUGCUUCCAAGCGCCUCGCGGGAGAGACCCGGCUAUAGAGCAGGAGUGGCGGCACCUGACUUGCUGGAUCCUAAAUCUGCCGCUCAGAACUCCAAACCAAGGCUCUCAUUUUCCACGAAACCCACAGUGCUUGCUUCGCGGGUGGAGAGCGACACGGCCAUUAAUGUUAUGAAAUGGAAGACGGUCUCCACGAUUUUCCUGGUGGUCGUCCUCUAUCUGAUCAUCGGAGCCACCGUGUUCAAGGCGCUGGAGCAGCCUCAUGAGAUCUCACAGAGGGCCACCAUCGUGAUCCAGAAGCAAACGUUCAUAUCCCAGCACGCGUGCGUCAAUUCCACCGAGCUGGACGAGCUCAUCCAGCAAAUAGUGGCAGCAAUAAAUGCAGGGAUUAUACCGUUAGGAAACACCUCCAAUCAAAUCAGUCACUGGGAUUUGGGAAGUUCCUUCUUCUUUGCUGGCACUGUUAUUACAACCAUAGGAUUUGGAAACAUCUCACCACGCACAGAAGGUGGAAAAAUAUUCUGUAUCAUCUAUGCCUUGCUGGGAAUUCCCCUUUUUGGUUUUCUGUUGGCUGGGGUUGGAGAUCAACUGGGGACCAUAUUUGGAAAAGGAAUUGCCAAAGUUGAAGAUACCUUUAUUAAGUGGAAUGUGAGUCAGACCAAGAUCCGCAUCAUCUCCACCAUCAUAUUCAUCCUGUUUGGCUGCGUGCUCUUCGUGGCUCUGCCUGCGAUCAUAUUCAAGCACAUCGAAGGCUGGAGCGCCCUGGAUGCCAUUUAUUUUGUGGUCAUCACUCUAACAACCAUUGGAUUUGGUGACUACGUUGCAGGUGGAUCAGAUAUUGAGUAUCUAGACUUCUAUAAGCCUGUUGUGUGGUUUUGGAUCCUUGUAGGCCUUGCUUAUUUUGCUGCUGUCCUGAGCAUGAUUGGAGACUGGCUUCGAGUUAUAUCUAAAAAGACAAAGGAAGAGGUGGGAGAGUUCAGAGCACAUGCUGCUGAGUGGACGGCCAAUGUCACGGCCGAAUUCAAAGAAACCCGGAGGCGGCUGAGUGUGGAGAUCUACGACAAGUUCCAACGUGCCACCUCGAUUAAGCGGAAGCUCUCUGCAGAACUGGCUGGGAACCACAACCAGGAGCUGACGCCUUGCAGGAGGACCCUGUCCGUGAACCACCUGACCAGCGAGAGGGAUGUCUUGCCUCCCUUACUGAAGACUGAAAGCAUCUAUCUGAAUGGGUUGACGCCACACUGUGCUGGCGAAGAGAUUGCUGUGAUUGAGAACAUUAAAUAGCCCCCUCUUGGAAGAGCCUAGGCAUAGCCAUAGGUGAGGACUUCUGUAUGCUCUAUAUGACUGUUGCUGGUAGCAUAUUUUAAAAAAUUGUGCAUGAGCUCCUAAGGGGAAAAAAAAAAACAAAUAGAUUCACCCAUCAUGGUCAUCUGCCAUCAAGAGAAUUUGGAAUUCUGAGCCAGCACUCUUUCUGAUGAUGCUUGUUGCACACUCCACUUUCUUUGAUGAGUGGAAGGACAAGCGAUGUCUGAUGCCUUUCUGUGCCCAGACUGUUUUUCUCCAUCUUCUCCCAAUGUGCCACAAGGCCUCAGAAUGAAUUGCAAUUGUCUUUGGUAAUGAUGUAGCUGUGAGGGAUCAGCCCUUAACUUUUCAGGGUCUACUUAACUGAGCCUAGAUACGGACCAUUUGUGGAUGACAACGUUUCUUUUGGUCAAUGGCAAGAAAUUCUUAUGCAGCCUUUUACCUAAGAAAUUUUCUGUCAGUGCCUUAUCUUAUGAAGAAACAGAACCUCUCUAGCUAAUGUAUGGUUUCUCCUUCCCUGCCCCACCCCUAGGCACACCUCUGCAGUCAUUUACCCCAGUCCUCUCGUUUGAAUAUCAUACCUUGCUGGGAACAGUGUGUAAAAUGAGUGACGUGAUGAUGCCCGAAAAAGGAAUAGAUGCCAAAUUAGAUGGACAUUGAAGCAACUCUCAGAAACUCUAGCAUUAAACGCACUGCAGAGAAAGGAGGUGCAAAGUUGGCCCUCUCAGUAUUUAUUUGACUCAGGUACCAAGGUACAUAUAUACGGUGUAAUUAUUACCAGGCUGGUACAAUUGGCUGCUCCAAACCAUCCCUGUUUUCCUGGCAGUUUCUGGAACUUAGUAUUUAUUAGUUAAACUUAUACUUUUAAGGUGGAAGAAGAAAGUCCAUAUGUAAGUCAUCUGAUAGGAAAAAAACUGUUAAAAUGGGUGUUACUGCAGGCGAUUUAAAACACUUGGUAUGAAUUACCCUUCAGAGGAAAAGAAAAUAGCAAACCCACUGUGUUAUGAGUAUUUGCUAAUAAACAUUCUACUGCCAGCAUCUAUUUGCUUUUUGAUGUAUGGAAAACUGACGUAAUUUUCUUUCCUUGGGUGACAUGUGCCAGGUGACAGGAGGGGAGGAGGCAGCAGGGAGAGGUCCUCGCCUCCGUGGGUACCUUUGCAAUUGUGACCAGGUGGGAGAGCAGAAGGGAAACUGGGAUCACUGUGAUUUUGCACAUGGAAAAAUGCAGAUUGCAGGCAUAAUUCAUCUCUGACAUUAGAGGAAAAGCUGUUAUAGCACAAUUUAAAUCUUUUUUAGAUAGAGAAAGGCUGAUAAUCCUUUUCAGUUUAAUUUUAUAUCCUAUUAAUUCUUUGGAUAUUUCCAAGAUUCAGAAAAUAUUCACUAAAUUCACCCAAGUCAAUUGCUACCCUUUCCUUUAUUUUCAUACUUAAAUCUGCUGUACAUUGUAUAUAUAAUUUUUCAAGUCCAGAAAGAAAAUGAUUUCCCUAAAUAUAAUCACAAAGCUGAUGUCUUUCAAUUUUUUGAGGGGGAGGAAACGUAUCUGAAUAAGCGGCACUCAGAUUAGGGUCUCACAAAGUCAACCCAGGUUCUUUAAAAACAAACUAACAGAUGCUUAUUUUCCAAUUUUCAGCUAGAAAUGUACAUAUUCAGUUAACUUGAUGAAGGUACUUUUAUAAAUUUAAAAAGUUCUAAGCAACUUUUAGAAAGUCAGGCUCUUUAAGCAAGGAAGCUACUCUCAUUUCCUCAGUAACUGUUCUGAAAGUUCAUAUGGUGGAACGCACCAUGUAUAAACUGUGAAUUGUAUUGACAAAUAAAGUUUGUAAUUAAAGUCAGCAUUUUCGAGUCUCCUGAUUGCUGCUGAAGCCUCAGAUCCCCUUUGAGCUAAGUAGGAGGCCAGGACAUCGCUCUUCAUGCUGAGUUUUUUGUGGCUCCUUCAUUCGCAAUAUUCCAGAAAUUGUUUUGGAUGUGUUAGUACUACCCUUGCUAAAACACGUGCAGAGCAUUCGUGGUGGCUGUGAACCAAAAUUCAAUAUACUGAAAUUCAUGUUGCAGAUAGGACAUUUGAAAUAGCACACAAUUUCAAGACUAUUUAUGUUACAUUAAUCUAUACCUGUAUUUCAUCAUUGUUAGAAUUUGAACACUGAAAUUGUCUGAAUGUGAGAUACAGGCACCUGAAUGUGGAUUUUUUUUUUUUUUGUGAGACUAAGUAGGCAUCCUGGUAGUAUUGCGGUCUAAAGAAGAAAGUAACUGCAAACCAAUCUUUUAGACCUUAGCCUUGGAUUAUUUAUGCUGUCAGUAUACUGCCUAAUUUUACUGAUCCAUUGCUAAAUAACUUGUUGAGUACAAAUCUUAAAACUUGUCCCCAAACACUAUUUUAGUUUUUGGGGCAAUUUUAAGAAAACCUGUAUAUCAAUUCCUAUGUCAAUUCAAGCUUUAUUUUAUUUGCAUCUUAUGGGUAAUGUUCUAGUGAGUUUAAUUUUCUAUUGGACUAGUAUCACAGUAGUUUUGCUUUCAAGAAUAUUUAAAAAAUUAAGUGCUAGAACCAGAAAGUAUCAGAAACUCCCUGCUCCGAGUUCUACUCAUGUGGGCUACAGGGACUCCAAGUGCUUGGGCCAUCUUCUGCUGCUUUCUCAGGCUCCUUAGCAGGGAACUGGAUCAGAAAUGGAGCAGCUGAGAUUUGAACCAGUGCUCAUGUGGGAUGCUGGUAUUGCAGGUGGUGGCUUAAGCUGCUGAGCCACAAUGCUAGCCCCUGCUCUGGAUUCUUAGAUGUGGAUUCUAGAUAAUACUGUAUCCACUUACAGCUACUAACUGGAAAAGUCAUUCUUUCGGAGUUCUUUCAGUGUCUUACAUAGAUGUGUAGACUUUGCAACAUAGUCCAUGUCUCGUGCCUCUUUUUUCUGAUGAUAUUUCACUGUCAGUGCUGGCUGAAGACACUUUAGAAGCCAAGAGGAAAUUGAAUGGUGUACACCUUGGUCUCCAAAAAAUCAGAAGGGGGCAGAGUGUAGGGCUUUCUUUCUCAAAUUCUAAGGAACAUGUGACACACAGGAAAGACCACAUCCCACCUAACUUUCAGUCAGAAGUCAGUGCAGUUUUUUGGUUCGUGAGAGUAGGCAAUCAGAGAAACUAAGGGAAAUUUGAGAUGGAGUACCAAAAAACAAACUUAGACAAUCAGAAGACUUGAGCAGCUACAAAAUGUCUUCAGAAAGUUCAUGGAAAAUAUGUAUGAUAAAUAUCUAUGCAUGGAUUUCAAAAUUUUAUUAAAACGAGCUUUUAAUUCCAACUUCUACCCACUGUUUAAAGAACCCUCAUCUUUAAGAAUUGGAGGCCUAGAUCAGCUUUUGUUUUUAUCUUUCUUUUUUUAAAAAAAAUUUUUCACUGUGCUAGUAACAUCGUAACUUAUUUGUGGUUUGUAUUUCUGAUUAAAGUGUGAGUAUACAUUU